ACCGGUAUCCUUCCGCGAUAUUCACUCACAAGAUAACUUUUCCCUAGCGGCUGCUUUCAGCCUCGGAGAACACGCAAAUAUCAUAAAGCCCUGAGGACAGACGGGAAAGGUUUGCAGCAAGACGAAGCCGGUAAGGGAGAGGGAACGGCUGGACGGGACUAUUUUAUCUAGUAGGCGGAAGGAAACUGACGGAAGAGGGCGGCACUGCAACGCAAGAUGGCGGCGCCCUGAGGAGCUGUGAGUUUGGGGGAGGCACAGAUGAGGACCCUGCUGUGACCUUUAACCUCCUGUGUCCCAUCACCAGCACGCCCACCUGACAGCAGCAUGGCCCAUCAAAUCAACGUGUGGGAGCAUCUCUACCUGCUGGAGUCCACAGACCUGCAACAACUGGACGACAUCCACAAGCUGAUACGGGAGCAGCUCAGUUCAGAUCGCUCUCCGGUCCUUGUUCACAAUCUGGUGGAUCAUUACCUGGAAAAUAAUUCUGAGCAAGCAAUGUUAAUCCUUUCUCUGGUACAAGAGCCGCAUGACAAGCACUUAUUGGAUAAGAUAAAUGAAUAUUUAGGUAAAGCAGCCACUCGUUUACCAACCCUGACACUACUGGGCCAUGUGAUUCGUCGUCAGCCAUCUUGGAAGCACAAGUUAUCACAAGCACCUGUCCUGCAGUCCCUGUUAAAGUGUCUUAAGACAGACACAGAUGUUGUCAUUCUCACUACCGCAGUCCUAGUGUUAAUCACUGUGCUGCCAAUGAUUCCGCAGUCCGGGAAACAGUAUCUGCACGAGUUCUUUGAUAUUUUUGGCCGCCUGUCAGCCUGGUGCUUGAAGAACCCAGGUCGCGUAGCGGAGCCUUGCCUCGUCCAUCUACAUGCCAGCGUGUAUGCACUUUUCCACCGCCUCUACGGGAUGUAUCCAUGUAACUUUGUGUCCUUCCUCCGCUCCCAUUACAGUAUGAAGGAAAAUCUGGAGACAUUUGAAGAGAUAGUAAAGCCAAUGAUGGAACAUGUUCGUAUUCAUCCAGAGCUUGUCACAGGUUCCAAAGACCACGAAUUGGACCCAAGCAGGUGGAAAAGGUUGGAAACUCAUGACAUAGUUGUUGAAUGUGCCAAAAUCUCUCUGGACCCCAAUGAGGCUUCCUAUGAAGAAGGCUACUCUCCCCUAUCCUCCCGGCUUCGGCAAAGGCAACAGGAUGCCGCCUCCAGCCCCUGCCCUGAGAUCUGCAGCAACCAUGGAAGCAACUCCUCCACACCCUUUUCCACUCCUAGGGUUUGCACACAGGGGCCUAUACUGCAGCAUAUUGGAAACCAAGCUUUCCGCCUGCAAGCAGAAACGGCACAGGAUUCUAUGUGGAGCCCUUCCACCUUCUGCGGAAUGUCAACACCCCCCAGCUCUCCGGUCGCCGCGCAGCCGGACACAUCCCUGUUCUCUUCCCGUCCUGGAAAAGCUCUAAGCACACCUAGUAGUAAAGGAACCCCCAUGGGAACACCAGCAACCUCCCCUCCUCCUAUUCUCAGCUCUGACGACUCUACAAUUGCUGCAAAUGUCUCCUCCACAUUAACCCCACCCAGAAAGAAUGAAGUCACUGAUCAGGAGAAACUCAAGCAGCUCAACAAGGGAGAAAAGGGCUCUGAUAAAGCUCCCAAAGUGUCGCUGAGUGACCUUCCUGAGGUGAUAGGAGAGUUAUCUGCAAACCACAGUAAUGUAGAGGAAGCUGCUAUAUCCCAGGAGUUGUCUCAGAUCACCACCGAAUCUGAUCGUGAGCCGACUGUGCGCCGCGGGGGCUUUGAUUCACCGUUUUGUCCUCAGUCUGACAGUCAGCCCAAUUCUCAAAGAAGGAGCUCUUGUAAUGUUAUCCGGACACCUGAUAACUCUGUUGCCAACAAGCUUCGCUGCAACGGUUCCCAGGACUCUUCAAAACAGGCAUUCACCCCCAUUGAGCCCCCCAAUGGAGCGGAGAAUGACGACUCAGGGAAGACACAGACUACUAACUCUUUGCCCAACUCCAGGAACAUCCUGACCCCUAGCCCUUGCAAAUCUCAGGCCCGUUGCAGAUCCUGUUUCAAUCCUACCCCUUACGAACACCUUUUUGAGCUGGCUCUGCCCAGAACUGCAAGCUACUUCAUCUCCAAAAAGACAGAGGAGCUGUACAAAAAAUUCAAAGGGAGCAGCGAAGAAGCCGAGGAAAGCGGCACAUCGGUGUCCCCUGCAGAGGUGCUUGACCGGCUCAUACAUUUAGGAGCUGAUGCACACACCAAAGAGCUGAACAAAUUACCUUUACCCAGCAAAUCAGCUGACUGGACUCACUUUGGAGGUUCCCCCCCAACUGAUGAGAUCCACACAUUGAGGAACCAGUUGGUGCUUCUUCAUAACCAGCUUUUAUAUGAGAGGUUUAAAAGACAGCAACACGCCAUGCGCAACAGACGGCUCCUGCGCAAGGUGAUCAAAGUGACCGCCCUGGAAGAACAGAAUGCUGCUAUGAAAACCCUUUUAAAGAUGCAAGAAAUGGACUUGCAGACAGCAAAGCAAAGCCUUGUGCAGGAACAGGUGCGAUACAACAGGCUGCUGGAAGAGAAGGAAACUGUGGUCACUCAGCUUCAUAGCCAGAUCCGACAGCUCCAGCAUGACAGGGAGGAGUUCUACAAUCAGAGUCAGGAGCUGCAGACUAAGCUUGAGGAUAGUCGCAGUACAAUAACCAACCUGCGGUCUGAGCUGAAGAUAUCCAACAACAAGGUGUGCCACACAGAGCUUAGGCUCAGCCAGGUGUCCCAGAAGCUUUCGAACAGCGAGUCUGUUCAACAUCAGAUGGAGUUUCUGAACCGGCAGCUUUUGAUCCUUGGAGAAGUGAAUGAGCUCUACGUGGAACAGCUGCAGCAUAAAAACACCAAUGCUGAUAAGGAAGUAGAAAUGCUGCACAUGUCCUUCAAAAAGGAGCUGGAAAAAGCCAGGUGCAUGGUCGUGCAACAAGGUCAGAGGUUGGAGAGCACCCAUAAAAAAAUAGUGGAUUUGGAGGUGCAGUUGGCCAAGAAAGAGCUGCUGUUCCAGGAGCAAAAAAAAUUCUUGGAAGAUGUGAAAUUGAAGAACAGGGGACAACUCCAAGCAGCGGAGAGCAAGUAUAAUGCCCAGAAAAGGAUUAGUCAGGUCUUUGAAGUGGAGAUCCUCUGUCUAUAUAGCCAACUUGAGAAAGAAGGUCUGCUCAAGAAGCGAGCGGAAGAGAAAGCAGAGACUGCAGAGGUUGCGGAGGAGAGGUUUGAUAAUGACGACCCGAACGUUUCCAGUCCGGACGACUCCAUCAAGGAAGAAUUGAAUGUCAGUAAUGGUGGCGUAGCCGCCUCACAUACAAGCCCACACUCUAGCGGAGGAAGCAGCCGAAGCGGAAGUAGCGGCAGUGGUAGUAAUCUGUCCACUCCGGAGAAAGGCACCAACUUGCCGCCUGGCUUUCGAGAAGCGUUGGAGUUGCCUUCCAGUGGCCAUCUGACUAUUGGCUCCUACCCAAACGCAAAGAGCUUUCUUAGUAUCCGGGCCCGUGAGUUGUUUCGAAACAAGAGCGAGAGCCAUUGUGACGAGGAAGGGAUGAGCAGCCUCUCUGAGAUCCUGAAAACUGAGCUUUGCCAGGCAGCGGGAUCAGAGGCCGGGGUCUCCUCCGAAAGUAAGGUGGGAAGCGCGAGUGUACGGGAUUUUCAAAUCAUGGACUAUGACUGACUAGACACAUCAUAACCACAGUUAGGAGGCGAGCAAUCAGUGUUACCUUCCUUCUGGCUCCUGGCUUCACUCCUUGGUGUCUGAACGAACGUCGUGCUACUUCUGCAGUGCAACAGUAGCGGACCACUGGGACUGAAAGGGAUUAAGAAAUCUCUUUAAAUCACCCCCUUUAUUUAUCCCCUUCAUCUCAGCCGUUUUCUCACUUUAAAUCAACCUGUUCCCAUUCCACUUCUUGGAAUGAACAGAUUGGGACCUAUAAGGAAUGAGCAAGUGUCUACAGAGACCAUAUCCAAGGAGCAUGAUGUUCUUCUAGAUCAAUGUUUCCCAACCAGGGUGCCUCCAGCUGUUGCGAAACUACAACUCCCAGCCUGCCCGGACAGCCGAAGGCUGUCCGGGCAUGCUGGGAGUUGUAGUCUUGCAACAGCUGGAGGCACCCUGGUUGGGAAACACUGUUCUAGAUCCAUGAAAUUAUUUCUAAUCCCUUUUCCCGCCACUACUAUAAUCAUGUUCUUCAUUCUUGCUUGCCAGGUCUGGAUCGAUCGUUGCUGUUGCAUUUCUCUUGUUUUUGGCCAUCCUCAGUAUAUCCUUCAACAUUUGUAGGAAAACGGUCAGCUUGCUCGCCGCCCCCCCCCCGCACUAACCAGCUGUACUGGCUGGUAGUGCAGGGGACACUGAUCAGU